AUGGCGCAAUUCUCAGCCAGGGAAGAGGAUCCCGUCGACAGACUGACUCGAUAUCUCACUGACUUGUCGCUACUGCAUGACAGCCCCUUCGCCUCGGAGACUUUCACCUUCAUCGUCGGACAUGAGGCAAAGAAGUUCUUCCUUCAUCCUGUCGACUUCGCUUACCUUGGGCCUCAUUUCCAAUCCCUCGCCAACAGCGGUGGCAACGAAACUUCGGGUAACCUUGCCGUCUGGAACAAAACGGUCACCAUGGUUGAUACGGAGUUCGAGACCUUUCAGCGUCUCUGCCAGUUCAUGUAUACAGGAAGAUACGACCAAGUCAAGCCCGAGCCCAUCGAUCCAAAGGGCAGCGAAAAGAAUCGACAAUAUAUCGCCAACUUCUUGUCGUCCUGGGACAAGAAAAUCCCACCCAUGACGGAAUCCGCAGUCCCCUAUACCGGUGCACUCAACUACCUCUCGACCCUGCUCUGCCAAGCAAAGACCUACGUUUUAGGACUCCGUUACGACAUCCAAGACCUGCGACACUUCAGCCUGAUCAGAAUGUACCAGACGCUCCGGGUUCUCCCGUGA